UCUCGAUGGCGCGCAAUUACUCACCGCGAUCUGAACGCACACUGGUCCUUCAUCUACGGAGUCACCUCGACGAAAAUAUAUUGCCGACCGACUUGUUCCGCACGCGUGGCCCGGCGAGCUAACGUGAAGUUUUUCGACGACAUCCCGGCUGCGCGCCGUGAAGGAUUUCGACCCUGUGUUCGUUGCAAACCGGAUGAACAAAAUUUCCUUGGAGAGCGUGAAGAGGUCGUGAUCCGUACGCUAGCUCUACUGCAGAGUCAUGAUGGAAGAGACCUGAUGCGAAAUGAAGGCCUGAGCGGUUUGGCAAAAGCCGUGGGCGUCACGACCAGCUAUUUGUGUCGAGCCUUCAAAAAGACUGUAGGCAAGAGCGUCGGCGCCUACUUGACGGGGUUCGAA